AUGAUGACAUCACUACAUUCCCCAGCCAGAAUCCAGGCUUCUUGUACAGGGAGGGCGGAUUCAGCAAGACCAGCAGUGCCAGUCCUAGGAACCCCUGUCUCAGAUAAUCCAGGCAUAAAUAAGCAUUUGAAAAGGGAUGAUUCUUCAGCUGUAAUUACAGGAAUAACCAGGAUGAUCCCAUCAACUGCAGCCACUCCUCCUUCUGAGGCUCUCUUUCACAACCUAUCUUCGCAGGAUUUCUGGAGGUCACAAAUCUCAGGCUAUUCUGGAUCAGUAACACGCCAUAUCAGUCAUCGUGCCAACAACUUUAAAAGACACCCAAAAAGAAGGAAACACAUCCGCCCUUCUCCUCCACCUCCCCCAAACACCCCAUGUCCUAUUGAGCUGAUUGACUUUGGGGAUCUUCACCCUCAGAGGUCUGUUCUAGAGCUCUUAUUUAAUGGAUGUAUCCUGUUUGGGAUUGAGUUCAGCUAUGCCAUGGAGACAGCCUAUGUGACUCCUGUGCUGCUUCAGAUGGGGCUGCCAGAUCAGUUAUAUGGAAUGGUGUGGUUUAUCAGUCCAAUAUUAGGAUUCCUACUGCAGCCUUUGCUGGGGGCCUGGAGUGACAGGUGCACCUCCAGAUUUGGAAGGAGAAGACCCUUCAUUCUAGUCCUGGCAAUAGGAGCAUUAUUGGGACUCUCACUUAUGCUGAAUGGCAGGGAUAUUGGCAUUACCUUGGCUGACACUGUAAAUAACCAUAAAUGGGGGAUAAUUCUCACAGUCUGUGGAGUUGUCUUAAUGGAUUUCAGUGCAGAUUCAGCAGACAAUCCUAGUCAUGCCUACAUGAUGGAUGUGUGUAGCCCAGUGGAUCAGGACAGGGGCCUUAACAUCCAUGCUUUAUUAGCAGGUCUUGGAGGUGGUUUUGGUUAUGUUGUUGGAGGAAUAAAUUGGGAAAAAAACAGUUUUGGAAGAGCCGUAGGAGGGCAACUUCGUGUCAUUUAUGUCUUCACAUCAAUAAUACUGACCAUCACUACUGUCUUGACUCUAAUUAGCAUUCCAGAAAGGCCCCUGCAGUCUUCUACCAAGAAAAAAAAGGUGAUGAAGAGUCCAAGUCUUCCUCUUCCUCCUUCCCCACCUCUCUUAUUUGAGGAAGGUAUAAAUGAAAACCUCAGUUCUCAUAGCUCAUCUCAUUUGUAUGCAAGUUUUACGACUCCAAUGUCUCCUCCCAGCCCACUGACACCCAAAUAUGGCAGUUUUAUCAGCAGAGACAACUCCUUGACAGGAAUUAAUGAGUUUGCAUCAUCAUUUGGGACCUCAAAUAUUGACAGUGUGCUCAUAGACUGCUUUACAGGAGGACAUGAUGGUUAUUUAGCAAUCCCAGCAAGCUUGCCCAGGCAGACAAUCAGUGUGAGCUUUCCAAGAGUAAGGGAUGGCUUUUACUGUCAAGAAAAUGGAAUUCUGGAACAAGGGGAGAAUUCUGUAACUCCUGGGCCAGAUGGAGAUGCGCUAUGGGUGGGUUCACUGGAUGCAAUAAAGCCACAAUCAUCAGGGAUCCUGAAAAGGCCCCAGACCUUGGCCAUUUCAGAUACUGUAAUAGGAAAUUGUCCAGAGAGCAGCAGAAGGAAUGUAACCUUCAGUCAACAGGUUGCUAAUAUUUUACUGAAUGGUGUGAAAUAUGAGAGUGAGCUGAAUGGAUCAGGUGAGAUGUCUGAUCAACCACUUUCCAUGAAACAUCUUUGUUCAACCAUCUGCCACAUGCCUACGGCUCUGCGUAACCUCUGCAUCAACCACUUCCUAGGUUGGCUGUCAUUUGAGGGGAUGCUACUGUUCUAUACAGACUUUAUGGGAGAAGUAGUAUUCCAAGGAAAUCCCAAAGCACCUCACAACUCAGAUGAGUACCAAAAAUACAAUGCUGGGGUCACCAUGGGCUGCUGGGGAAUGUGUAUCUAUGCAUUCAGUGCUGCAUUCUAUUCAGCCAUACUAGAAAAGCUGGAGGAAUACUUCAGUAUUCGCACUCUCUAUUUCAUAGCAUAUCUUGCCUUUGGACUUGGCACAGGCUUGGCUACACUCUCCAGAAAUAUUUAUGUGGUUUUAUCACUAUGUGUAACUUACGGUAUUUUAUUUUCAACACUCUGCACACUCCCUUAUUCUCUAUUAUGUGAUUAUUACCAGAAUAAAAAGUUUGCUGGCCCGAGUGUGGAGAGCCCACGGCGUGGCAUGGGCGUGGACAUCUCACUGCUGAGCUGCCAGUACUUCCUGGCACAGAUCCUGGUAUCCGUGGCCAUGGGCCCCCUCACUGCGCUAGUAGGCAGUGCCAACGGUGUCAUGUACUUUGCUAGCCUUGUGGCCUUUGCUGGCUGCCUCUUUUCCUCUCUCUAUGUUACCUACGAGAUCCCAUCCACUGACGAGCUGCCAGAGGAACAGCAGCCACUUGUGCGAACAGUGUGA